CGUCAUGUUGUCAUUAUAGGUGCAGGUGUCAUGGGCGCCUGCACAGCAUACUACCUUACGAAGAACUCAACAGACGUCGAGGUGACCUUGAUAGAGAAAACCGACAUCGCCUGUGGAGCAAGCGGUAAAGCAGGCGGUUUUCUGGCCUUUGACUGGAAUGAUGGAGCAGAUAUUGGAGAGCUUUCAAGAAAGUCUUUCGAACUACACGCCGAACUUGCACAAGAACUUGGAGGAGAAAAGUUUGGUUAUCGUCCGGUGACAGCAUAUUCAGUACUCAUACAAGCUGGCAAAGCAGGAGGGAAACGAAUAAACGAAGUUGAUUGGCUACUUGACGAGAAUGUACGGACAGUAGAAUUACUUGGUACCAAGAAGACGGCCGCACAAGUUCACCCUGGCCUUUUCACUCGACACUUGCUUGAAGUGGCUCAAAAAACGGGACGUGUCAAGAUAGAAUGUGGACAGGGUGUAAGCGAACUGAUCUACAAAAACAAGACUGUUACAGGUGUGAUUCUAGAAGAUCGCCGAGAAAUCAAAGCCGAUUCAGUGGUAGUGUGUAUGGGUCCAUGGAGCGGACAAUUACCACUAAAGGGUCGUAGCAAGCGUGGGCAGCUUCCGAUUACUGGCGCACGCGCACAUUCGGUUAUCCUUCAACCUGAAUACAAGUUUACCGCUCAAGUCCUUUUUACUGCUGUGACUGAAGGGAAAAAAUCCCAUGAACCAGAGGUCUAUCCACGCCCGGAUGGCACGGUCUAUCUUUGUGGAGCAACUGAUAAUGAACCUCUUCCAGCAUCUGCUGCUAAUGUGCCAGUUGACCCUGCUGCAACGACGCUUUUGCAAAAUUUGGCAGGCAAGAUAUCUUUGCAACUAUCCACUGACAAUGCAACACUCUUGACCGCCCAGGCAUGCUAUCUCCCUAUCUCUCGCGACAACACUCCACUCAUUGGCGCCCAUCCAGCCUAUGAUAACCUAUAUAUUGCUACAGGUCAUUCUUGCUGGGGAAUUCUUAAUGCUCCUGCCACUGGUCUAAUGAUGGCAGAACUAUUGGUGGAUGGAAAAAUAACG